AUGCCUAUGAGAUAUGUCCCGCCAUGCCGAGAACUGUGUGAUGAAGUCAGGACCAGUUGUGAAGCCUCACUGCAAGCUGUGGGAGAAGAAUGGCCAAGAGACUGCUCAGAUCUGCCGAGCAGGGAUGACGAGGAAUGUCUUGAGCCAACACCUGGUGCAUGUGAACCGCUUCCACAAGCAUUUCGGAGCACAUGCGAACUCUCCGCCGGCUACAACGCUACAUCAUUCCCGAACUCCUUCGGACAUCUGUCGUUCCAGCAGAUGUUAACCUCUCGAGAGUUCUCCCUAUUCUAUUUGUCUCUAGCCAACAUUUCAACAAGCUGCUACACGGGUGCCUCUUUCGCAUUACUGUGUAGGAUGUUCAUGCCUGAAUGUGAAAAUAACGCGCAGAUACAGUUGUGCAGGAGUGUCUGUGAGGAAAUAAACGUGAGGUGCACACCGGUUGGGUUGGGUCUACCAUUUUCAUGUGACGAAUUUCCGGACAAGAACAGCGAUCCGGGAUGUUUUGCAGUAAAGCAAUGUGAGCCUAUCCGGUACAGCCGUUGCAUGGGCCUGUCGUAUUCCCAAACAUCCUUCCCGAACCUCUACCAGUGGCCGAGUCAGGACUUCGCUGUUCAGACAGCCCCGUUUGUGUUCCCAACAUACGACCCUAUCAGUGACUGUCAUCCGGACCUGAAUUUCGUCCUGUGUUCGAUUUUCUUCCCCCAGUGUACACCUGAAGGACAAAUGUGA